CGCCUUCCACAUCGCGUCACGCCUCUCUCCUUGGCACUCUCGACGCACCAAGAUUCUCCGUGCAUCUAAACAAUCUCUUUAGGCCAGACAGCUGAUCUCCCAAGAUCUGUAGAUCCCUGCUUGCGCAGUUCUCUCGCUGCACUGGCAAUUAGUUCCUUCUCAGUUCUGCGCUCCCAUACUUUCAAUCAUCAACUUGAUCAACUUCAUCAACUUCAUCAACUUCAUCAACUAUCGCAAUGCAUGAAAGCGAUCCCUACCUCUGGACCUCUCGAGAGGCGGCCGAGUUCUUACGUGGAAGCCAACUCAGUACACUUGCAGAUCAGCUGUUGGCCAACGAUCUCAAUGGUCGAAUGCUCCUCGAAGAUGUGAACCUUGCUUUACUGAAAGAGGAAUUCGAUAUUCCCGGUCUAAGAGAGCGCAUUGGCAUCAUGCAAGUCGUUCGUACGCUUCGCAGCUCUUCCGCAGGUUAUGUUGCGAGCACGCGUCCCACUGCUCUACCUUCAUUGCUCACCCCUCACACAUCUCGCCCAAGCACGCCCAUCGAACCAACUGGUGCCAGAAUCCGUAAGGGAGAAGACCUCGUUGAAGAUACUGGUGGCAGAAAGCGCCGCAGACUCACCCUUGUGCCUUUCCUUGACGGCGACACACAGCCUGGAGCUUUGGAUGAGACGCCGCAGCCGAAGGCUGUGAAUGCUCUAGAUGCAACGCAGCUCAAGCACGCUGACACUGCUACUGACACCCCUACCGGCUAUCUGCCGGACACUAAGCUCAGCGUCGACGAUCUGUUCUAUGGCAACACCAAUUACGGCUCCGAAAUACAGCACGCUGAAGAUCAGGACAACAAUUCCGAUGACACUUUCACUAUAUUUGGAAGCUCGCAAUUUCCUGGCAACGCUUCGUUUGUUUCGACCCGGCUCAAGCACUUUUUGCGAGCCGAUCCUGAACCUGUUCUCUAUCACCAGCACUCCGCCCUUGCCAUCUACCCAUACCCCGAGCAUAUGAUCAAGGACAAAGACACUAGAUCUGUUACCGUAUUCGAAUCCUUCCAUGGCCAGAUCAAGGUCAUCCGCGAAAGAGCCCAGACUCUGCCCUUUCAGAGGAUCGAGAUCAUCGACACGCAAGUGAGCCCGGGAGAAUUUAGCUACCUCCUCACCAAUCACAGAGGAACCGACGAGAUUCUGCCGGCCUAUGGCGAGUCGGAAUGCGGUUCAGACUCGGGGCAGGAAUCAAGUGGCGACGUUGAUGAUUCCGAGAAUGGUUCUGACGACGACAUGGCCGAAGAAGAUUCUGCGAUUGAGGCUCCCAAUCUAUCCCGUGAGCUGGUCCUGUCUCUGAUUGACAAGGUGAUUGAUGCGCAGGCCCAAGCUUGGCGAGCCAAUCAGCAACCAAAGCUAGACAAGAGCAAAGCAAAUAGUGUCUGGCGCUUUGUGAAAGGCAACAAGAAGACGGCUCGUGCUCUGACAGAGCAAGCAGCCAAGGCAAUCGAGCGCUUGAAUGCCAGACUCGAGAGACUGAAGGAUAAUCUUGCGGACCGUACAUGGGAUACCGAGGAAGAGAUCAAACAGUCUUGCUUGAGUUUGGAACCCACUGUCAGUGACCGUGAAUACGAGGAAUGGCGAAUCCGGAUCUGGGCAUUGAAGAAGGAGCCUCCCUCUGCAUUAAGACAUCGCAAGUUGUUCACCAAAGGCCAGCAGGGCCUUCCAACAGGAGCGCUUGACGACCAGACUUCGAACGACGAGAUGCAGGAUUUUGUUGUUGAAGAUGACAACUUUGAAGAUGCCAGAGAGAGUCUCUCAGAAGACGGUCAUGAUUCUGAUGCUAACACGCAAGAGUCUCCAUCUCCCAGUGCUGCAAAGAAUGAAGCAGCGUCGCCUAUCAACUUCGAUGAAGACACAACCAUGACAGUCGACGAAGACAUUGCCGCGACAGCAGACGACAGCGUUCCCGAUGCUCUUGAAAUACCGGCUGACUUGGAGCACGACGAGGAACCCCGCCAUCAAUUGGAUGAAAAUGCAUCGUCACGUCCAUCCGCCGAAACUCUCGAGGAAAAUGUGCAGACACCUAAGAGCAACAAGUUUGUUGCAAACUUGCAAGACGAUCCGGACUCACCCGCCCUACCUUCGCUCUCGCCCCUGUUUCGCUCUCAUCGUUCGACCGCGAGCAAGGGAAGACGAGAAGUCAUCACUAUCUCAUCCAGCCCUACACGGCCUACCGCCACUUCCGAAAUGCUUCAACCGGGUGCUCUCGAAAGGCCAAUCAAGGGAGAGCCGCAAGAGAUCGUGUAUUCAGAUAACCCGGACAAUGACCCUCUCACGGAGAUCAUGCGUUGGAAGUACGAAGACCUUGAAGAGAACGAAGACCGGAGGCGACUUUUGAUCAAAAUGAUCUUCAACCUUAAGAACGAAACCCGCGACCCGCUUUACCCCCUAUUCACGGGCAACAUGACCACCUGCCUGACAAAGAUUAGAGCUGCGCUAUCAGCCAUCAACAAAGGCAGAGAGGCCUUUUCCGGCUACAAUGAAGAAGAAUCGAAAGCCAUGCAACACGCCGCCCGGCUUUAUCUAUGCUACGUCCAUUCAAACCACCUCCUCUUCAGCGCGCCUCUUGAAGAGCUUGCAUCAUUUGGAUAUGAAUGGCCAUGGGAAGGCGAUGCCGAUGGCUAUGCCGACGACUUACGGCGUUGGCACGGAUUCAUCCUGAAGGCGCUUCAGAGAGUCAAGAAAGCCUACGCAACUGGGGAGGUUGCGGUGAUCGAAAUCUCGGAUGACGAGGAAGACGUCCCCGCCGACAUCAACAAGGACAAGCCAGGCCAUUCUAGCGCCCGCAAGAAGACGGUCGCUCAAGAUCAAGGAGCCGUGCGAAAACGUGCGAAUGCACUUGAGCGAGCAGCUUUAUACGAGUCGCAAAAACAAAACAGCCAGACGACGUCCUUCAUGGCUGGCGAAGAUGGAGAAAGUAUCGUACCACUUUAUGCACCCGAAGACGUGGAUCCGUCCAAGUGGGUGCACCUCAACCCUGAUAUCGCCAAACGCUUGAAGCCACAUCAAAUCGAAGGCGUUAAGUUUAUGUGGAGGGAGAUCACCGCACCAGUGGAUGAGGACGGUCAAGGCUGUUUACUUGCCCACACCAUGGGGUUGGGCAAGACAGCGCAAAGUCUAGCACUUCUCACGGCCGUGGCUGAGACUGCGAAGGAUGAUGAGAAGCGUGAUGCUCUCCCUAGCGACCUGAAAAAGGCCAAAAACAGGCUGCGAGCGCUCAUAUUGUGCCCGCCAUCUCUUCUGGCGAACUGGAAGCAAGAGAUCAAAAUGUGGUGUCCAAAAAACUUGUUCAAUGUCUAUUGUCUGAGUAGCGAUCUACCAGGCAAGGCCUUGAGACUGGACGAACUUAGGAACUGGCGCCGUCAUGGUGGUAUCAUGCUCUGCGGGUAUACCAUGUUCGCCAGGUUAAUCAACGGCAAGCCCACCAAAUUGCAGCCAUUCACAGAGGAAGAGCAAGAGGCAGUUGAGAAGAUUCUACUUGAAAAGCCUCACAUUGUCGUCGCCGAUGAAGUGCAUUCAAUCAAGAGCGACAUAAGCAAGAGCUCUUUGGCCGCUCACAAGAUCAAGACCCAUCGCCGCAUCGGACUGACUGGCUCUCCAAUGUCCAAUAACACCUCCGAGAUUUUUGCCUUGAUCGACUGGGUUGCACCGAAGUUUUUAGGCAAUAAGGUCGAAUUCAAGGCGCAUUACCAGGAGCCAAUUGAAGCAGGUACCUACCUCGACAGUAACAAAGCCGAGAUUCGAAAGUCUAUGACGAAGCUCGCGGCUCUGAAACGGAUCAUCUCGCCAAAGCUAAAUCGUGCCGACAUUACAGUACUCAAAGGCUCUCUCAAGAGCAAGGUGGAAUUUGUCUUGACAAUUCCUUUGACCGAGCCGCAGAAGCUCGGCUAUGCUGCGUAUGUCAGGGAGGUUCUUCGAGGCAAGGCUGGCGAGGAAGGUUCAACGAUCUCACAAGUCAAGCUAUUCGGAUGGCUUUCCAUUCUCCAGCUUCUAUGCAAUCAUCCCGUUGUUUUCCGCCGUAAAUUGCUUGAACCUAUCACUACUGGCAAAAAGGGCAAGAAGGCUACACUUACUGCUGCGGAUACUGAAGUGGUCGAGGACACCCUCACCGCAGGCUCGUCUACCGCCCCAUCGUCGACAGCGAUUGCAGUUUCUGGAACUGCUCGCCUGCGUGAGGGACAAUCGCCUGCGAACGAGGAAGAUGCUGCGUAUGCUGACGUUCAUAUCUCGCAGUAUGACAUCAACAAGGCGAUAGUGGAUGCUUUGCUCGAGGUCGUGCCGGACGAUGAUUCCAUUGAGCUGUCCUACAAGACCUUGCUAGUCCGAAAGAUUAUGGGCCUUUCUAUCGAAGCAGGUGACAAAGUUUUGAUCUUCUCGCAAAGCAUCCCGUCAUUGAAUUUUCUGGAUAAGAUGUUGACCAGCAUGGGCCUUCGAUAUGGCCGAAUUCAAGGAGACGUGGCCCAAGAAAAGCGCGAGAAGGUCUUGAAAGCCAUGUCGAACAAUAAGCUCGACGUGCUACUAAUCUCGACUCGUGCCGGAGGCCUUGGCCUGAAUAUCCAACAAGCCAACCGUGUCAUUAUCUUCGACUAUUCAUUCAACCCGACUUGGGAAGAGCAAGCAAUCGGUAGGUCGUAUCGAUUGGGUCAGACCAAACCUGUCUUCGUCUACCGUUUUGUCGCCGGUGGUACUUUCGAAUUUGGGCUGUACGACAAACAGCUAUUCAAGACCGGUCUCUCCUCGCGUGUUGUUGACAAGAAGAACCCAAUGCGAAAUGCCAACAAAAAGCCUGCAGAGUGGAUGAAGCCUCCGUUCGACGUUCCACAGCAAGACAUUAAUGCUGAGGCUGGCAAGGAUGAGAACGUGAUGGACAAGAUUAUCGCCAGUCAACGUGGAGGCCAUGACGAAUUUAUUCGUAGUAUCAAGACCAUGGAGACUCUCAUGGGGGAGUCAAAGGACGAAGCAUUGACUGCCGAAGAGAUGCAAGAGGUGGAAAACGAGGUAUUGCUCGCACAGACACGCAAGAUCAGUGGCUUUGAAAACCGCACCACGUUGGCACCACCUCCACCGCCUGGUUUUGGUCCCAAUGAGCCACUCCCGUACAACCUUGGUAUGAACUUCACCUUGCCAGGCUUCGGCACUCCACCUUCUAUCACUCAGCCAGGUUUCCGCGCCGGAAGUCAAAAACGUCUCAAUGCGCAACAACAACAACAACAACAACAACAAGCAGUCCCUGCCGCCCACGAACGCCAUGCUCGGCAGACGUUAUCAUCUGAACCCACCGACCUGACUAAAUCACCCCCAACACCCGGCAAGAGAAUAGUUACAAGAUACUGAGAGAGGUCGCGGAUCCGAUAUGGCCAAGGAAGUUGAGGUAGCUUGAUUGGGGAGCGACCAUUGCUCUUGUAUCAUAGAUCAUCCAAGUAGCAGGAAGCUACCAUUGCUUUUGCAGCCAUAGAUAAUUGAAGCAUUCCAUUCCAAGUCCACGCACGGAU